GCUGUCUCAGAUCAUCUUGCCUUGUUCUUAUUCCCUGUCAGCCCCAGGUUUGUAACAUCUUACAUAUGUACAAAAACCUUCUUUGAACCUUCUUCCCUUUCCCUUCGGGUCCGGACAUUGUCGAUCGUUUUUCAUAUCCAUGUCCACUGAGGGGCCUGUGACUUUUACUUCAUCAUCAUGGCAAGCAGCAACGGCGUCUCGCUCCCUCCCGACGAGAAUAGGGGUCCCGAAAUCCUCGCUAUUUGCGGUACGCUGGUGGCUCUCUCUGUGCUUAUUGUAGGCUUGAGGAUAUGGGUCCGGGCUCGCAUGAUCGGGCAGGUCGGCAUCGACGACUGGACCAUCAUCGCUGCCACGACGGUCAUUUUUGUGGAGAUGAUGAUCAUCAUCCCGCAGGUUCACUAUGGAGCAGGACGACACGUCCAGUACAUCGAGCCCCCUUCCAACGUCACGAAGGGCCUUCAUCUCAACUUUGUCACCCAGCCGUUAUGCCUCAUUGCUCUUUGCCUGACCAAGGUAAGCGUGGGCUUCUUCCUGCUCCGCUUAACUCCAUCCAAGAGGUUCCGAAGAUUCGUGAUUGGCAUGAUCAUCUUUACUGUCCUAUCUGCAACCGGAAACUUCUUAACUGUCUUCUUCCAAUGCCAACCCCUCGCCUUUACCUGGGGGGGUGUCAGCGAAGGGAAAUGCAUGCCUCCUGAUAACCUCAAGUUUGCCGCCUUCUUCAAUUCAUCUGUUGCCGUUCUGAGCGAUAUCAUUUUCGCCCUUUUACCGGUCCCCAUGUUAUGGAAGGUGCAGCUCAACUGGAGAGUCAAGAGUGCCGUGGCGGCUAUCCUGGCCCUGGGUGUUUUCGCUGCUGUUGCUGCCAUUGUCAAGAUUACCUUCCUGGGGUCUUACGGAAAACACGGAGACUUCCUCUGGGACUCUGCGGACCUUACCAUCUGGACAACAAUCGAGAUCUGCACCGCCAUCAUCGCCGCCAGCUUCCCAUGCCUCAAGCCCCUCUUCAAGACCUUGUUCGACGGCUCUUCAGCCCGCAUCAGCGGCUACGGCUCCGGCUACAAGGGCUACGUCCGCGACACCAACAACGGUACAAAGAGUGGCAACAGAAACACACUCCGGUCAAAGGGCACAGUCACGGUCACCGCAGGCGGCAACGAUACCGAGUUCGAGCUAUAUGGUGGCAAGAAGUUCUCCUCGGAAGUCAAGGCUGGCAAUGCUUCCAGCACGAGCAUGGGUUCUGAAGCAAGCAUUCUCAAGGAAACCACCAGAGGGGACGGCAUCACCAAGACAACAUCGGUGUGUGUGUCUAGUGUCAGGGACGAGGAGACGGGCAGAUGAGCGUGGUGUCCCGCCUGGUUGACAACGGAGUAUGAGUAUCAAAAAGGGUCACCAUGCAAAAUAGAUAUUCAGGACGCUUCUUCCAUCACACUCCAUGAGAGCUUGUUUCCUUUGUGGUAUUUUUUUUACCUCGGCACUUUACCCAACUAUCUACCUAGGCACAUAAAAAUAGAUGUGGCGACAUUACUAGAUGCAGCCAAUCAUUAUCUCAGCCACCACAGGGUGGCAUUCCGUCUCUCCACUGAUACCU